AUGCAUUUAGUAUUACAACUAUGUUUAAUAAUUACGUUCUUCCAUAACGUGAUCCUGGAGCAAGUUGUGCUUCUGGACACGACAAAGGAACCGAAAUUGGAAUGGACUCGUUAUCCUCAUGGAUCACUUGCUACUACUCCCGGCUGGGUUGAAGAAUCCUUUACGAAUUUUGAAAAAGGGAUAAAUUGGCGUUCUUAUGUAGUUUGUGAUGUUGCGUACCACAAUGUGAAUAAUUGGCUGUGGACGCCUUUCGUAGAACGCGGAGUCGCCAACAGACUUUACAUUGAAGUGAAAUUUACGAUACGCGAUUGCUCAUUGUUCCCCGGCAACGCUUUGUCAUGCAAAGAGACAUUUAGCUUGCUUUAUUACGAGUUCGAUGCGGUGACAAGAGAACCACCACCUUGGGAACCGGAGAGCUACAAGCUUAUAGGCCGUAUUGCUGCCGGAGAAGGUCGUUUCAAUACAAACACCGAAGUUAUUAUCAAUACUGAAAUUAAAUCAAUCGCCGUUACAAAGAAAGGUGUGUAUUUUGCAUUCCGCGAUCAAGGAGCUUGCAUCAGUGUGCUCGCUAUAAAAGUUUACUAUGUAGCCUGUCCCGCUGUGACAAUAAAUUUUGCACAUUUCAAUGAGACCCCCACAGGCAAGGAAGUUACAGUGAUAGAACACGUUAGCGGUAUCUGUGUAGAAAAUUCAGAAAUAGUAGAACCACCAGCAUAUUUAUGCAAAGGUGAUGGAAAAUGGACUUUGCCUACUGGAGGUUGCAGGUGCAAAGUAGGAUAUGAACCCGAUUUUGAGAAACAAACGUGCAAUGAAUGCCCACAUGGUACUUAUAGAACCGAGUCCAUGGAGACAUGUUUGCCUUGUCCAUUAAAUUCUAAUACUGACAAGGCUGGUUCAAGCUCUUGCACCUGCAUUGAAGGGUAUUCUAAAACUAUUAUCGGUCGUACCAUAUCGUGCACACGCACACCGUCUCCUCCUGCCAACUUGACCAAAUUUUAUGUAGAUAGUUCUAGUGUAGUACUCACAUGGAACAAACCAAAAGAUGCUAAUGCUACAAAAGAUUCAAGAAAACCGAAUGAUGAAAUUAUUGUUUAUAGCAUAAAAUGUUUCGAUUGCGACCGCAAUACUGUAUAUAAACCAAGGGAUGAAUAUUUUACUGAUACUAAAAUAUCUUUAUCGAAUUUACACCCUUUGAAGACUUACAGAAUUCGUAUUUUUUCUAAAUCUAUUCCUAAAACUAUUUUAAAUAGCUAUAGAAUUAAAAAUGAAAUAGGAUUAUGGAAUCAUACUGCCGAGCGUAUAGAAAGUGAUGUUGUAGAUUACGCUGAAAUUAAUAUAACGACAAGUGAGCCUAAUAUUAAAACUGACGUGAUAAAUCUUAGAAUUAAGUCUGUUACAAGCACAAGUGCUAUGCUAACAUGGAAUACAAACCCGGUUACAAUUGAGCAUUACGAAGUACGUUGGUUCCCGAAAGACAAAAUCGAAACAGCAUACAAUUUAACAUCAGUCAUUACGAAAGAAAAUAACGUUGAAAUCGUAAAUUUAACUCCCGCUACAGAAUAUGCUUUCCAAAUAAGAUCAAAGUCCUUGCAAAAUAUUUGGUCUUCAUUUACGACACCGAUUUACGGACACACUGCCGAAAGUUUGAGUCCCACAUAUGAGGAUAACGUUCAAGUACGAAUCGUUGCAGGGAUUGUAGUAGCCGUAGUGUUUUCUUUAGUUGUUUGUAUAGUGGGCACGGUAUUCUACCUCCGAACUAAAGGAUCAGAUGAUUUAGGAAAAGAUAAUCCUUUGAAAAUUGAUUACGUUACUACAGAUAUGGAGACUGCCCCUAUUGUGAAAACAAUACAAAACAACAUGACGACCGGUUUGUACGCAUCGAGUAGAAUAUAUAUAGAUCCGCACACAUACGAGGAUCCGAAUCAAGCAAUAAGAGAAUUCGCAAGAGAGAUAGAUGCAAGUUGCAUCUCGAUAGAGGCAAUUAUCGGAGGAGGCGAAUUUGGUGACGUGUGCAGGGGUAAAUUGAAAAUACAUAACUUUGCCGAAUUAGAUGUGGCAAUUAAAACUUUGAAACCUGGCUCGACUGACAAAAGCAGAUUCGAUUUCUUGACAGAAGCCAGUAUUAUGGGCCAGUUCGAGCACCCUAAUGUUAUUUAUUUACAAGGAGUAGUAACUAGAACAUAUCCUGUUAUGAUAAUCACAGAAUUUAUGGAGAAUGGUUCUUUGGACACCUUCCUUCGAGCCAACGAUGGUAAAUUUCAAAUUUUGCAGCUAGUAGGUAUGUUACGAGGUAUUUCGUGCGGAAUGGCAUAUUUGUCAGAAAUGAGCUAUGUACAUAGAGAUCUUGCAGCUCGCAAUGUCUUAGUUAAUUCGCAAUUAGUCUGCAAAAUUGCAGAUUUCGGACUGUCGCGUGAGAUGGAAUGUAAUGAAUCUGCAUAUACCACACGAGGCGGUAAAAUACCAGUUAGGUGGACGGCGCCUGAAGCAAUAGCGUUCCGGAAAUUCACGUCUGCUUCAGAUGUCUGGAGCUUCGGAAUUGUUUUGUGGGAGGUGAUGAGCUAUGGAGAAAGACCUUAUUGGAAUUGGUCUAAUCAAGAUGUGAUAAAAUCUAUAGAUAAAGGCUACAGGCUUCCGGCUCCAAUGGAAUGCCCCGAAGCUUUAUAUCAAUUAAUGUUGGACUGCUGGCAAAAGCAAAGAACACACAGGCCAGUUUUCAGCAAUAUUACAAUUACAUUAGACAAUCUUGUUCGUUGUCCAGAAGUACUAAAGAAAAUGGCGAUAGGAACAAGGGCUACAUCUUCUCCGGAGGAUGAUACUCAAUCUGUUGACAAUGUCAACGAGUUCAAAACUGUUGAUCAGUGGUUGAAUGGCAUCAAGAUGGGACGUUAUAUAGCGAAUUUCACAGCGGCAGAUUUAACAACUGCCAGUCAAAUUUCAAGACUGACAGCCACCCAACUUAGUAAUAUGGGUAUUACAUUAGUAGGUCACCAGAAAAAGAUUCUGCACAAAGCUAGACAAUUAGAAAAUCAGAUCUAGGAUAGGCUGAUUCGCUUUCGACGUAAAAAGUAUAAAACGUCUUGUACAAAUAUUAGCAUUCAAUCCGAUCUCAGUAUAACUAGUCACACCAAAAUAAAAGUGCUAUAACUAAAAAUAUUUAUCUUAGUAUUGUGUAAAGCAUAGUUACAAAAACUUUCUAAAUUAAGUGGAAG